UACCCUGAAAAAAAUCCGCGCCUAAAGUCAAGUUUUUUCACACAACAUCCCUCAUGACAGUUCUAGUAUAUUUAUGGUGAUACGGUUAUGAUGCAGUGCGAUUUUGUGUUUCGACAGGCGUGAUUGCUAAUGCCAAUGGCUCCGGUGCUCGACUUCCGUAUUUUCUGAAACAUCAGACUCAGUCUUGAACAUUAUUUUUUGGUGAGGGAAUAUGCUCCAUGUGAAAAAAGAUGGUUUCCAAGAUACAGGUUGAGUCCUGGAUUCUGAUGCAUGCCUGCAAACACAAAUAUCAACAGGUUGUUAAAGGUAUUCUAAAUCGUCACCAUGACAACCUUGAUGAGCUGGAUGUUCCGAAGAUCUAUCUCUCUAUAGCUAUGCUAUACAACAUAGUGACUACUGACAAUGUAUCAUACUAUCCUGUAGUUGUCAAUCACCUAGAUUUCAUUUAUGGAGAAGUUCCUGAUGCAGUGCCAUUUAAACUGUACAGCAAACUCAGCAUAGGUCUGAAAAUGAAGUGGGCUAUGGAGUUACUGAAGAACAGCCAUGAUGAUACAUUGAUGGUGUUGAACAAUUACUUUCCCCGCAAAGGCAGUCACUGCAAACAUGCGGUUCAAAAAGAGUUGUCUUGUCUACACUCCGCCCAGAAGAACUUUCGUAAAUUUUUCCUGCCACUGCUAGCACAUCAGAAUCAAAGAGAAGCUUACUUUCGGGAUGAAUUUGAAGAAGAGUAUGGGAAGCACUUUCUGGGAGCCCUACAUCAGCUGGCUGGUACUUUUGUGGAGAAGCUGACAUCUCUCUUACCACCAACAGCUAUAGAAAAGAUUCUGGUUGAAGGUCCUGAGCAGUAUCUUCCUUUGUUGGAGAGUUCUACACAUCUUUCCCUGGAAAUGUUGCUGGACACACUACAUGGAAAGGAUGUUCUGGAGGAGAAUGACCUACUGGAUCUACUGACCAUGGUCAGUCCACUUCACACAAAGGAUCGUGUCCAGGUGGACAAGGUCUGGCUCCUUAGCUCAAAUGAAAGUAACAAGAGCAGCAGCAAGUCCCUGUUCUCCAGUCAUUCAGAUGAUCAACCCACAGGACUUCAACAUGAUAGUGUUGAAGAGACAUCGGACACUUUUAAAACACCAGAUUGUAUUGACAGCAAUCAAAACCACAUAACAGACCCAGCAAGUGAGGAGAGGUGUGACACUAUCUCAAACAACAUCACACCACUUAAUGAAAGUUUUGGAGAUUUCAAUGAUAAAAGACAUUUGUUUCAUUGUAACUUCAAGGAUUCUCAAAAUAAACAAAUCUCAAAGAAAGAUCAUGAGAGGAACUCUGACAAUGUAGAAAGUCCAAAGUCUUCAGGAGAGUCUGUUUCCAUCCUGAGUAAGAAGCAUAUGCAGACACGAGCAAAAACCAGAGAUGCUAGGUAAUACUACAGACUGCAUGGCUAGUUACAUCACAAUGUGUUCAUCUAAUUCCUCGUUCUUGUAGUUCUAGUUUUCUUCUGUGUUUUCCAUUUACCAUCAUUACUAACGUCAUCACUUUACCAGUUGACAACGGUUUACCUGUGUUAAGUGCUUUUUUCUUUGAUUCUGUUUCUGUGUACAUACCAUUUAAACAAGUGUAGAUAUGAAAUCAGAUGUAUGCAAACUUGAUGUUUCCUAUCCUGUAUUGACAAACUUAUUUAUUAAAAUUUCAUCAUAUACUUUUAA